AUGCCAAACGUCAUCAAAAUGACAAAUAGAUCAUUGACCUGUUACUGUGGUGGAGAGAGAGAUUUGUCUAAAGUUGAAGUUCAAUGUUGCCUUUGUCUUCGAUACUGUCAUCAAGAAUGUUUAUCUCUAAGCACUGGACCAAUGCUUCCUUUCAUGACAAAUUACCAAUUCGUGUGUAAAGACUGUUCACAGGACAAAACUGAUGAAAACUUUCUAAAGAAAAACGCAACAUUCAAUCAAUUAUGCACGACUGCAUUGGCAAAUUUAACUCAACAAUCAGCGACGCAAACAUUCUUUUCGCGAGAUCGAGAAAUUAUACCAUUCAUCGAUGAAAAAUGGGAUUUAUUAACAUUUUCACAAAAGAAAAACAAACCAACAUUACACGCAUCAGUUUACAAAGCAUUAGCACGUGAAGAUCUUUUCGUCGCAUCGGAAAUCAACGGCGAAGUGAUGAUUGCAUUACGUGAACGAUCUUUAGAAAGAAUCGGCCCAACGAAUGAAAAACCUCACGAAUUCAUCAAUUCCAACAUUAAUCGUGCUCAAUCUCCAGGCACAUCUAAUCUUACAAAUUCUCUUCUCUCAUCAUCGAACACAAUUUCUGCUCAAUCCAAUCAAUCUGGCAACGGCACAUUUCAUGGAUCAUCAUCAGCGAAUAGUGUUUCAUCGUUAGCGAAUAGUGAAGUGACACGGCGAACAAGUAAACGAAAACUAGCCAAUGAAAACUCGAUGAAUGCCAAACGACGCGGCGAAGUACCGAAAUUAGAACGAUUAAUACCAAAAACUUUCCCACCCGAAUACCCGUUCAACAAAGAAGGAUAUAGAUAUCAUUUAGCAGAGCCAGAUCCACACUCACCAUUUCGACAAAAAUUUGAUGAAACAGAAGUAUGGGCUGGAAAGCCAAUUCCUGGACAUUUAUAUCGAACAUUUAUCGAAACUGAAUGUUUACUAUCGUUGAACGACCGAGCUCAACAACUGAAAUUAAAUGACGAUCGGUUAACAGUGACUGGUGACAAAGGAUACUGUUCUGUUCGAUCAACGCAUCCGGUCUCGCAUGGCGCAUGGUAUUACGAAGUGACAAUAACAUCGAUGCCUCCAAAUACAGGAACACGUAUUGGUUGGGCUCAACAUUUAGCAAAUCUACAAACGCCGAUCGGAACAGAUAAAUUCGGUUAUUCAUGGCGUUCGAGAAAGGGCACCAUCUUUCACGAAGCUUGCGGUUCACAUUACUCGAAUGGUGGUUAUGCAGAAAACGAUGUGUUAGGUUUUUUGAUUAUUUUACCUGAAGUAUCGCAUCCAGAUGUGAUGUUACCACGGAAAUACAAAAAAUUACCAUUGGUAAAGUUCAAGAAUUAUAUCUAUUUCGAAGAACGAGAUGACUUACGUGCAGGAGAAGCAAGUUUGAAAGCAACCGACGGAGGAAAGAUUAUUUUCUACAAAAAUGGUGUUAAUCAGGGUGUAGCGUUUACAAAUAUCUAUGAAGGAAACUAUUAUGCAGCUAUUUCGAUUUAUUAUGGUGCUACGGUAUCUGCCAAUUUCGGUCCAAGCUUUGUUCAUCCACCAACUGAUAGUCCAAUUCCAUGGAAACCGUUAACCGACUCCAUUCCCGAAACAUACUGUACACAUGCAUUGAACGAUCUACUCUUUCAUAUUUCACACGACGAGCAGCACGUUGAUUUCAACGAUCCAGCAACAAUAGGCAAAAAUUCUGGUCGAAAUUCAAGUCGCGACCGAUCUCGUCGGCUGGCUACGCUCAGUGCGCCGUUAUUUGAAUAA